GGAGGCAACUCGUUCGGUAUAACAUACGAGACUGGGUGUCAUAUCCGUUAAAUAUUUAACUUGAAACCAACCUUAGGUCAGCAGUUGAAUUCAACCAACUCCUCAACCACUCCUAAGUGGUUCAUCAUGGGCAUGGCUAACGAACCGGUGAGUGUGGCGUUCAAGCUCUACUGCCUGUCGGUAAUGACACUGGUGGCAGCAACUUACACAGUUGCCUUAAGAUACACAAGAACUAAUACAUCAACAGAGAUGUACUUUUCCACAACAGCAGUAUGCAUUACAGAAGUGAUGAAAUUGUUCCUGAGCCUAGGGAUGUUGGCCAAAGAGACUGGAACCUUGGGCAGGAUGAAGACCUCACUGGUGGAGCAUGUACUUCAAAGUCCCAGGGAGCUUCUGAAGCUGAGUGUCCCCUCUGUGGUGUAUGCCAUUCAGAACAACAUGGCCUUCAUUGCCCUGAGUAACCUAGAUGCAGCUGUGUAUCAGGUGACAUAUCAGCUGAAGAUCCCGUGCACAGCCCUGUGCACGGUGCUGAUGUUGAACCGCUCCCUGAGCAGGCUGCAGUGGUUCUCUGUCUUCAUGCUCUGUGGAGGCGUUACCUUGGUCCAGUGGAAGCCCGCAGAGGCUACCAAAGUCCAGAUCGAGCAAAACCCUUUCCUGGGGUUUAUAGCAAUCGCGGUUGCCGUAAUCUGCUCUGGGUUUGCAGGGGUGUAUUUUGAGAAGGUCCUGAAGAGCUCUGACACAUCCCUCUGGGUGAGGAACAUCCAGAUGUACCUGUCGGGCAUUGUGGUCACCCUCGCUGGCGUGUACCUGGCAGAUGGGGCCCAGGUCAUAGAGAAAGGCUUCUUCUUCGGCUAUACUCCAUGGGUGUGCUUCGUUGUCUUGCUGGCAAGUGUGGGUGGUCUGUACACAUCUGUGGUGGUGAAGUACACCGACAAUAUCAUGAAGGGCUUCUCUGCUGCGGCUGCCAUUGUGCUCUCCACUGUAGGGUCUGUCACCCUGUUUGGGCUGCAAAUAACUGUUACUUUUGCCACUGGAGCCAUGCUAGUGUGUGUAUCCAUAUACCUGUAUGGACUUCCAAAGCAAGACACCUCCAGGAUUCCAAAGACGGACACGGACACCGAGUCCCGACAAAAACUGAUAACUGUGUGAACGUUGAGCCUGGAGCUCGUCAACACUGGAGCUGCUCAUGACGCUCAUUCCACAGGCCUCUGUCCAGUCAGGAUGCCACUUCCACAGAUCAGGACUCAUUUGGUUAAUCAUUAUAUCAGCGAUGCUGGAGCAUAAAUCAAGGGAAUGGACUUUCAGGACACAGGUCAUUUGUGUCUGCAUUAUCCUUGAUGAAUAUGGAGCAGAGGUGCAAAUUAUAGUUCAAGAUCAGCAGUAUUUCAUUCCCCUCUUGCUUUUUACUGAGGGAAUGCAGUUUUCUUAUAAACCUUAUGAACCACUGUGUCGGACAGUGCUGAAUCUUCUAGACGAUAUGCAUGUACUGUUAAACAUGUUUGAUAAUGUCCUAGCGGCAACACAUUUCUGUGAUUAGUAUGUAUGUUGUGUUUUUGUCUGUACAUGACUGAACUGAAUACACAAAAGGCGUUUAUAUAAGACUGUAAAUGACACAUACCCAUGGAAAAA